AUGUCUGGGGGUGCAGGGAGAGGUGGAGGGAAGCUCCCUGGGCGAGGGGCAGCCCCGUCCCCCGAACCCCAGAUCCGGCAGUGCCUCAGCCACCCUCAGCCACAGCCCCACUCAGGAACACAGGUCCCACACACCCUCCCCCAGCCCGUUACACCUCGCCCCUCCCCCACUGUCCAGGUCCGCACUCCCAGGUGGACGCCUCCAGCGAGGCCACCGCAUACACUCCUCCCCCUCCCAGAUACGGCCACGAUCCGACGCCCCGAGACCUGGCACCCCGACGGCGAUCAGCGCCCAGAGACCCCCUCUCCACCCCCACACAACCUAGUCAGCCGCGAUUGGCCGCCUUCCAGAAGGCUCCGUGCCCCCACCCCGGGCCCCUCCAGGCUCACCCCCAUCCGCAGCGCCCAGAGGCGCCCCCGGCCGCCCCCAGGCCUAGACCUGCCACCCACGGCCCAGCGCCCACAGGCACGCGCCCCCCAGGCCACCGACCCGCCCGAGAUGCACCUGCGACCCCCGCGCACAGCCGCCCGCCACGGCCACCCACGCGGCCGCCCGGCUCAGCCCAGCCCUCGGCGCCUCGCGGCGGGAGGGACUCGGCAGCCCGGGCCUCCCGCGUCCCAAGCUGCGUGGGCCGCGCGCGUGCCGGCCGGGGGCGCGCCGGGCGUGACAGGUGUGCGCGGGGCCUGCCGUGGCCCGGGACACUGCACGCCCCCGCCAGCGCGCGCCCGCGCCCCGGAGCGCCGGGUGCGGACCUGGAGCCGAAGCGAAGCGGCAGCGUCGCCUAGCGCAGUAGCCACCGCGCCGAGCCCCCCGCCCGCGCCCAGGCGGCCCCGCCCCCCUCCGCGCGCGCCCCCGCCGCCCGCUGGCGGCCGAGCACGCGGUGGCCGAGCGCGGCCGCGGCACUGCAGGGCGCCUUGUAAGGCAAUCGGCCGGCGCCGGCCGCCCCCGCCUCCCUCCUUUGUCAUUCGUGCGGGUUCCCGCCGGCUCCAGCUCCCCCCGGCGGCCUGA